AUGUUAGGGAGGACGGCUCUACACAUCGCCACCAUAAAGGGGUACACCGAUUGUGUACAGCUAAUACUCAAUCGAGUACCGCCAGCCGUCAUUCAUUGUCUGGACUAUGAGCUCCUUGCACCACUGUCAAAGGCAGCGGAACUUGGCCAUGUGGAGAUUGUUAAUCUUCUCUUGCAACAAGCAAUGUAUAUUCCCAUACACGAGAUUCUAGAAACGUCACGCCGUUGCAAUAUGCUGCUGCCCAAGGCAAUUACGAUGUUAUGGACCUGCUACAAAUUUGGCCCGAGGAAACCACCAUCCCGAAUGGGAAUUAAGAGCUCAUGGCAGUGUAAGUGCAGACUGGACGGGUAAUUUUGAUGUAGAGGGCCGUUACUCUUGCAAUCUCCGACCUUCACUGGCAGAGUUAUAUUUUACCUGUGCCGCGAGACUGCUUUCAAUGGCGCCCCGUGGAAGCUUCACUCUCCAGUUUGUAAACGGCAAAAGCUACAGCAUACAAACUGCCCUGCAAUGCACAGGCUAACAUUCACUGAUUAGCUUUCUCAACUUUACACACACUGGCUUGACGGCGCAUAUUUGGUUCCUGGAAUGAAUGUUUCAGUUUUGCUGAUAAUAUAAUGAAUGCCCUUAGAGCAAAUAAAUCAUCCUUCAUAAAACGCCAUUCAUAUUCCGUUUGUUCACUCUCUUUGCGUGGAUAUGUCACUGAUUAUACCUGGGCCAUUAAGGAAAGACCUAACUUUAUAUAUAAG